UUUGAGAUGAUGUUAAGAGUGUUUAUUACCUCUUCUUUAAUUAAUUUAUCUAUGCCAACAAAAACUAAUUGAACUCUUAACAAACUUCUCUGUUCCACCAUGUCUUCCGGUCACCUCCGCCAUGGAAACGCCCCAACGACCACCACAAAACCCAUCACCGAAACCGAAAUCGCGGCGGAAUUCUCACACCACGACCUCAGCAUAGCCCGAAUUAACAACGGUAGUUUCGGGUCAUGCCCGAAAUCCAUAAUCUCCGCCCAACAACAAUGGCAACUCAAAUUCCUUCAACAACCCGAUUACUUCUACUACAAUACCUUAAAACCCUCCAUGCUCAAAUCCCGUACCUUAAUCCAAUCCUUAGUCAACGCCGCCGACGUCGACGAAAUCUCCAUCGUCGAUAACGCCACCACCGCCGCCGCAAUCGUUCUCCAAUACGUAACUUGGUCUUUCUUUACUUCCGAUUUCCGUCCCGGCGACGCCGCUGUCAUGCUCCAUUACGCUUACGGUUCCGUUAAAAGUUCAGUCCAGGCGUAUGUUGCACGCGCUGGUGGAAAGGUAAUUGAGGUACAUUUACCUUUCCCUUUGUCUUCGAAUGAAGAAAUUUUUACUGAAUUUGAUAAAGCUCUCAAAAUGGGGAAAAUGAAUGGGGGAAAAAUUAGAUUAGCUGUAAUUGAUCAUAUUACUUCAAUGCCUAGUGUUGUUAUACCAGUAAAAGAACUUGUUCAGAUGUGUAGAGAUGAAGGUGUCGAUGUUAUUUUCGUUGAUGGUGCUCAUGCUAUUGGAAAUGUUGAAAUUGAUGUGAGGGACAUUGGAGCUGAUUUCUAUACAAGUAAUUUGCAUAAGUGGUUUUUCUCUCCACCUUCAGCAGCGUUUUUUUACUGUAAGAGAUCGGAUAAAGUGUUGAAUUUGCAUCAUCCAGUGGUAUCAGUUGAGUAUGGAAAUGGAUUGGCAAUCGAGAGUGCUUGGAUAGGGACGAGGGAUUAUAGUGCACAAUUGGUGAUCCCAGAGGUACUAGAGUUGUUUGUGAACAGAUUUGAAGGCGGGAUUGAAGGGAUAAGGAAAAGGAAUCAUGAUAAGAUUGUUGAAAUGGCGGAGAUGUUGGUGAAGGCGUGGGGGACAGAAUUAGGGACGCCACCAGAAAUGUGUUCGAGUAUGGCAAUGGUGGGAAUGCCUGCGUGUUUAGGGAUUUCAGGUACUGAAGAUGCUUUGAAGUUGAGGACUCAUUUGAGAGUUUCGUUCAAGGUUGAGGUUCCGAUAUAUUACACGGCGCCAUUGGAAGGAAAGGUAAAUCCAAUAACAGGUUAUGCUAGGAUCUCUCAUCAAGUUUACAAUACCAUUGAGGAUUAUUAUAGGUUUCGAGAUGCCAUUAUCAAGCUUGUGAAUGAUGCUUUCACUUGUGUACUUCUCUCGAAUUGACUAGGUAACAACAACAAAUCCAGCGUAAUUUCACAAGUGGGGAGGGGAUCUAGGAAGAGUUAAGUUGAUUCUGUCUUUCAAUGGAAUAAAGGUCUUUUUCCAAUUCCUUAAUGAAUGGAAAUGUUUGUUCGUUGAUUAAAACUCUCAUGUCUAAUUCAGUUCCCUGAUUAGCACUUGCAAUGUUAAUAUUACUAGUUCUUUCCUCUGACCA